GGUUCCUGGGCGGUCAUCAAUCAUGCGGGAUCGAGCUGUCUGUGCUCCGGAGUCAGACGCGUGAUUGGCUGCUGGCGGGCAGGGAGCCCGAACACGUCCUCAUUAAUGCGCGCGAGACCCCGCGGGCUCCUCGGGAGGACGCGAGCGCAUCGUUUGACUCCGAAGUUACGCCGCGGCUGCGGGAAAGUGUUCCGCCGUGUGAACAACAACUUUUGCGUGAUUCUCGACAGCACGCGUUUGUUACCCGGACCUUUAAAAUCUGUCGCCGUGACGUCAGCGUCACCGGCGUUUAAAACGGCGUGCGACCGAGCCAACGUUUGUUAUGGGUUUUUUUUAACUUCAACUACGGCGCUGCACCGCGCUGAACCUGGGUCGCGCUGCACUUUUUUUUCGCCCCCGUUUGCAUUGCUGGUUUGUACAAGGCGCAAACCGAAACCAGAACGAGACGCUUAUCUCCGGUUAAUGGGAGAUUUUGGUGAUGAACUGAUGACCCGAAGCGGGACUGCAGCUUCCUCUGGGCUGGACACUCAUCAUGUCAUUUACACAGUUUGGCUAUUCCUAUCCCGCAGCAUCACAGCUUUUAAUGUCUUCUAACGCUCUGAGCUCCUGCUAUGAGUCUAGUAGCUCACUGCUGGACUCUGGAGUGGCAGCUUCUCCUCAAAACUCUCUUUAUUGUCCGGUAUAUGAAAGUAGGCUUGUGGCCUCCAGCCGGCAUGACCUGAUCCCUACUGCUGUCUAUGGCAACUCCUGCUCAAAGAGUCACAGUUACGAUACCUGCAGCACUUAUGUGCCAGAUUCAACCUCAUACUAUCCACUGGGUAAACUCGGUGAGAAAGAUGGAGUGGGAACAGGACAUUCAAGAGUCACCCAAAGCUCAACAUACUACCCUUACGACUACCCAAUUGGACAGUACCAGUAUGACAGAUAUGGACGUGUUUUUAGGUAUGGAUCUGUAGAUGUGGGCACGAGAAGAAAAAAUGCCACCAGAGAGACCACCAGCACACUGAAAGCGUGGCUGCAGGAGCAUAAGAAGAACCCGUAUCCCACCAAGGGCGAGAAGAUCAUGCUGGCCAUCAUCACUAAGAUGACCCUCACGCAGGUGUCCACCUGGUUCGCCAACGCGCGCCGGAGACUCAAGAAGGAAAACAAGAUGACUUGGUCACCGCGCAACAAGACCUCAGAUGAGAAAGAGUGUGACGAUGACCAAGAAGAUCUGGAUGAGUUGCACGGGGAGCCGAUAAAAACCGAGCAAGAAUUCAACGCUCCAGACAACCACGGGAAGGAUGAUGCGGAUCAACUUCACAGCGAUCUGGAAGAUUUCGAUCUAGUGGAGUCGGAUGGCUCGGAGUGCGAGUCGAAGCCAUCCUUCGUCGCUCGCGUCCGUUCAGAGACCAGCGCGUGUCCAGAUAACCGGUUUGAAGAGGCGUUCCACGAAUCCGUCACCGAGCUCCCGACAGAUGUCCGCGAAUUUAACGAAGACCGAUUAAGACUUGCCGCUGAAGACAACCAGACAGCGAAGUUCUACCUUCAACAAGGCCAAAAGACCAUUGGGAUCAAGCCAAAAAUCUGGUCGCUUGCGCAGACUGCUACGUCGCUAAACCAAGCCGAUUACUCAUCGUGCAUGCAUAAAGGAACUUCGUGCUCUUCCUCAAACUGUGACUCAGACACAGACGUAACAAAGAGGAAACAAGAGUCUCCAGUGGCCACUCUUAGAAACUGGGUUGACGGUGUGUUUCACGAUCCUUUAUUCAGGCACACCGACUUAAACCAAACGUUCAGCAGCUCCACAGAAUUAUGGACCGAAGGCAUUUCCUCGCAGAAUAACUACCAUAAACACUCAGGACCUAUUACUGCUUCUCAACAUACUUCAUAACUGUGACACUGUUUUUUUUGUUUGUUUUUUUUCUCUCUCCAUACUUUCUGGUUGCACCAAACCGAAUAGUUAAGCCAUCACAAAAGCGACACACUAGGUUUACUUAUUUAUUAGUUUCAUUCUGUAAGCUGAUGUCAUAUAAGACCUCCUGAAAGUCCGAUGAACUUUUAUAUUUAGAGCGUACCAACACAUCAACGUAGAUUUAGGAAGAUUGGCACCUUUUCACUUAAGAAAAAAAAACCCUGAUUCUGUGUGUUAAAGAAAGUGAUCACUGCUGUAUGAUAGCACGGUACACAGAUUCCCCCAGUCUGAAAUCUCAGCUGCUGAUCUCACAUCCUCAGAAAUAAAGAGUUAAUUUGAUGGAAAAACCCAAUGUUCGCUGUCCGUGGUGCUGAAACUCUCCCAUAAGCAAGUUGGCCACCAGAGGUUUUUUUAUUUGGUUGCAUUUAUUGUUGAAAAGACGUUUUUUUUCUCCCGGUGGAAUCACACAACAUGAUUUUACAUACAUCAAUACCUUGAACCCUUCCACGCAAAUGUAUAGUCAUGAUCACUCAGCCGUGACAAAUAUAAAUACUCAAGGGGUCUUGCUGUUAAACUGUUAACUCAACCUUACUCCUAAAAGUCGUAGUCAGUGAAGCGUUGUUUUUUCAUUAAGUGACUGAUAUGGCAAGCUGUUUUAAUAUUUAUCCCUUACUAACUUAAAACGAUUGUUUGUUUGUUUUUCUGUCGUUACUAUAGUAUUAUUGUUGUUAUUAGUAUUUUUAAAAACUAGUAGGUUAUCAAAUAGUGACUAGUAUUUUUUGGUCACAUAUAUGAGAUUUAUAGUUACAAGCUACUUUUUUUCAUCACACUAGUUACAUUAAUUUUAAUAGUUUUUUUUUCACUGACAAGACAGAAUUUCACAU